UAGUUUAAACUUCUGUAAUACUGUAUUAGGUUGUGAAAUCCAAAGUAUUGGGAAUUUCCCAAUGAGUUAAGUCUCAUGUAAUUAAAGGCAACAGACGUCCACAUGCUUACAACAACAACAUACUGCAGACACUGUAACACGCCAGUGUGUGUGAUAUCCAGUGCCCAAUAUGAAACAUAUUUUGCAUGUUAUUACAUGUGAUUUGUAUUUAUAAUGCAUGUAUGUGUGUGUGUGUGUGUGUGUGUGUACACAAUUACUGUAAAGUGACAUCCAACUUGUUUGGAAAGAGUUUCCUGGAGGAACAGGUUUGACCAUGGAUUUGGUCCCAAUAAAUAAGACGGCACGCAUCAAGUCUGUCACUGAGUGUUUUCGGCUGUGCCUCAGAGGUGUGAGUCCCACGUGAAAGCAACAAGGUCGAGUUGGACAUGGACAUCGUGGAUGUGGCGUUUGCCAUUGCUGACACUGUGAUGUCAGUCGGGGGCAUGAUAGCUAAAGCUGUGCCAACACAUCGCCAGUGCAACAUUGAGAUUGAAAAUAACUCUCGCAACUACACUCUUCAAAACCCCAGGAUGUACACGCGGCGUGGACGCUGCAGCAAACCUUUGCCCCCCACGAUCGGACAGUCCUCAUCCGGAGAGGUGGAAUUCAAGAAGACUCCGAACAUGGCGUGUGGAUCCAUCGGCAUCUUCACCUAUGACCUCGUUGAUAACGACACAACGGCAGCCAGCGAGCAGAUAGCCGUCCUGUUCAAGGUGCCGUUUGACCACAACAGGAAGUCAAACAAGUACGCAGUGGGAGUUUUUGACAUGGGCAAAACCUGUCGUGACCUCUUUCAGGACAUGUCAAAGAAAAUGGACACAGUGUUUGUCAGAGGCAAAGCAAAGGACAAUGGUCUUUCUUACAGAGGUGAACACGUGACAAUCAUAGCCACGAUGUCAGACUGUCACACUCCUGUCAUAAAGGUGGAAGUGAGGGACACUGAUGCGAACAUGUGAAAAUAUGUCUUAUUUCCUGCAUGAAUGUGUAGAUUAUGUUGUACUAUAAUAUAUAUAUAUAAUAACAUAAUAUACUAUGUUGUAUGUAGUAAUCAGCAAAACCAGUAUCUGUUUGAAAAGUCGCAACUUUUUAUUCUGUAUUUAUUGUCUUUUUUAUUUCAUCCACCCAUUUUCACUUGUUGUUUAUACUGAGCACAACAGAACAGACGUGUCUGUCCUGCUGAAACGGUUUUAAUAAAAUCUGAGUUCAAUAAAGUCUCAACACACUCAAA